AUGUCUGUCCGCACGCUGGAGACGCGGCUGGAGACCAUGUCCGUCCAGGACGAAAACGACCUCGGCGAGGGCACCAAGCUGUACUCCAAAACCAAGGUGACCUCAGCGUCGAGUGCUGCUCGGGCAAACGUCUACAAGGUAGCGCUUCAGUCGCAGACCAACGCAGUCUCAUCUGCCACUUAUUCCUCGGCACCAGCACCGAGAAGACCCAUCAACCCUGCCUCGCCCGCCAGGAAGGCUCUCGCUUCUGCCUCGUCGCGAGAAAAGGAUGUCGAAGAGGCCAAACCAGCCCUUACCGAGCAGCCCGCCGCACCCAAGCAGUUCCAUCUCGGCAUGUUCGAGAUCGGACGACCACUGGGCAAGGGCAAGUUCGGCCGCGUCUACCUCGCCAAGGAGCGCACCAGCGGCUUUAUCUGCGCCCUCAAGGUGUUGCACAAGAGCGAGCUGCAGGCCGGAGGCGGUGUCGAAAAGCAAGUCCGCCGCGAAAUCGAGAUCCAGAGCAACCUGCGACAUCCCAACAUCCUCCAGCUCUACGGCCACUUCCACGACAGCAAACGCGUCUUCCUGAUCCUCGAAUAUGCCGGAAAGGGCGAGCUCUACAAGCACUUGCGCAAGGAGACCAAGUUCCCCGAGUGGAAAGCGGCUCAGUACGUCGCCCAGAUGGCCUCUGCGCUGCAGUACCUUCACCGGAAGCACGUCAUCCACCGCGACAUCAAGCCCGAGAACAUCCUGGUGGGCAUCCACGGGGAAAUCAAAAUCUCCGACUUUGGCUGGAGCGUGCACGCCCCCAACAGCAGGCGCAAGACGCUGUGCGGUACCCUCGAUUACCUGCCCCCGGAGAUGAUCAAGCCCGGCUCUUCGGACAACUACUACAACGAAAAGGUCGACCUGUGGAGCUUGGGAGUGUUGACAUACGAGUUCCUUGUCGGCGAGGCUCCCUUUGAAGAUACGCCUGUCAUGACGCAGCGGAGAAUUGCCCGUGCGGACAUGCAAAUUCCCAAGUUUGUCAGCCCCGAGGCUGCUGAUCUCAUCUCAAGACUCUUGGUCCUUGACCCCGAGAAUCGAAUUCCUCUUGACGAGGUCCAGCGCCAUCCUUGGAUUAUCAAGCACUGCGUCAAAGGGGAGCGAGCUACCAACCGCGAGAAGCACUCCUAA